UAUCUUGCGUUUUAAAGUCAGUGGAGCAACGAUAGGUAUUACAUUAUAGUAUUUCAAAGCUAUCUUUUGAACCAAUUGAUAGAUUGAAUUAAAUUUAUUUAAAAUUAAAUAAACUGCUCUUUAUAAGCAUAAAUUAAUAGAAAAUAUACCAAUAUAAUCCAAAAGUAAUUCAAAUUAUAAAUAACUAGUAAAAAAAAAGUUUUAUUUUUGAAAGCGUCCGCAAAGUAUACAGAUAAAUUCUUUACAUUCCUCACAUAUAACACACACAUAUAACAUUGGUCCAAGCUCUUGCAAAGCCAGCAUCUAGAUGAGAAUGUUACUUUUGUGAUUACUCAUUCGGUGACAUCUGAGGAAUGUGCUAGAAUAUAAUUUUUUUUCUCCAUUAUAUGAGACAAUUGUUAUAUUGUGGAAUGUGUGGCAUAGGUUGAUGAAAAGAAAAGGUGCUGGAUAAUCCAAAUGGAUAACAAAAGCCCAUUAUGGCCCAGCAUCUACAGACACAACAUCAACACGAAUUUCUACCAUUGUGUGAUGUAUUAUUCAACAUAAUUUCUCUUGCAUCAUAUUUUUGUGACGUUGUUUUUGAUUUUGCAAUGGUAUAUGCUCUUGCUCAACAUUCUAUAGCUCCUCCAAUUCUUUUUCCUUUAAGUGUUAUGCUUAUAGCAACUUCAUUAAUUAUUUCUCAGAUUAUUAGUGUACGAUGGUAUUUAUGGGGUGCCAGAGGUAAAUUAACUGGCAAUACUAUAACAGAUUGUAGUGGAAAGAAAGAAAAUGGAAAUUGGACAAUAUGGUGUGUUUUAUUACUUCAUUCAACUCAAGUUGGAGUAUUAUGGAGAUACUUCAAAUUAUUUAUUCCAGUUAAUCUUACUUAUGUUAAACAUGAGGUAAGAGAACUUUGUGUAUUACGCCUUAUUCAUGCAUUUUGUGAAGCUGCACCAAUGUUACUUUUGCAAUUAUAUCUGCUAUCAAUUGGAAUUAAUAAUGAUUCAAAUAAUGAAGUUGAAAAAACAAAAGAAAAUGAAAGCAGAGACAAUGAUAAAUUAGCAAAGUUGACAGCAGUAUCUGCUGGUCUAUCUUUGUGGAGUGUAUGUUGGGCAGUGGCUAGUUUUAGCAAAGGUGCAGCACGUCUUCGUAAUUUAGAACGUUUGGUAUUGACAUGGCUAGGUGUGCUGGCACAACUAGCAUGGCGUCUAGGAACUGUAAGCGCUAGAGUAGGAGUAUUAGUAGCUUAUGCCUCAUUGUAUGGUGGACAAUGGUUGUUAAUUGUCAUGGCUCUCCAUUGGUUGUCAAUGUUAAUGUGGUUAUUACUUACUCCAGAUGGUCUUUUUCAUGGUGGUGAACAUUUACCUAUUUUAAGAAAAACAUCUUUAGCUUCACUUCUUGCAUUUGUUUAUAUAUUUGCAUAUGUAAAUUUGCAUGAAACAAAUCAUCGUCAAAAAAUGAUAAUAUUUUACACAGUAAUGUUUUUGGAGAACAGUUUACUCAUUGGUGUAUGGAUAGUUGGUGUCAAUAGAACUGAUUUUCUUCCACACCAACAUCAUCCAAAUCCUGUAACUUUAGUACUUACAUUAUUAGCUUUAUUUUUUGGUGGUAUGUUUUUCAUGGGUCUUUAUUAUAGAUUUUUUCAUGUACGAAGAUUAAGGUACGAAGCUGGCGGUAGAAUGACGGCCUCAAAUCUCACAGCUUUAUCAAACCAAGAUAAUCUAGAAGAAAAACAAAUUGAAUAUACAGAGAAUAAAAAAUUAAAUAUGAAUGUUGGAGUGAGAAGAGUUAAAUUAAGUAAUGGUGGGAUACCAGGAGUAUUCAAUUGUCGUUUUGCUAAUCCAACUGUAGUAAAUCCAAAUCGUAAAAAGAAAAAACCAACAACAUUUGUACCUCUUCCGCCACCGCAAUCUCAAUCUGGAACUGUUACAGCUCCUAUAAAUACACUGGAUGAGUCAAAACAAUGGCAUGGUAUAAAUAAUAAUUCACGUCAAUUAAUACCAUUUUGGAAAAAAUCCGUGAAUUCCAAUGUAAUACAGAAUAGUCAUAUGAAUGAACAAAAAAUUGGAACGGAUUCUGGAACUGCCAGUUCUUUAAAUGUAAAUUUAAUAAGGGAAAAACUUCAAGAAAAAAAGCAACAACAAUUACGCGAGUUAAGAGCUAUACAAGAAGAAAUAAAAGAAGGAAAAUUAUUUCCUCCACCUUCGGCUUCGGCAUCGUCAUUCUCAUCAUCACCUGCAUCAACUCAGCAACCACCUCCUAAUACAAAGUUACACACUUCUCCUAGCUCUCCUUUGUUUACAUCUGAACCAUCAGUAGGUGAUCAAAAUGGAGGAAUAAACUUAUCUUCGUGGCCACCUGUGAAAAUGCAUUGUCUCUUACCUCCGCCACCAUCUUCUUCCUAUUAUCCAAAUAUUCAUCCUUCAAAUUCCUGGAGAACAACACAAAGAGAAAGAGCGGAUACUCCAGAAAUUUUACUUGCACCCAGAUGUCUUCCUCAUCACUAUUCACAUUGGACACCUUCUCAUGUUAAUCCUCGUCAAAACGGUGGAGAAGAAAGUUCUAAAGGUGAAGGGGAGAUAGAAGGAGAACUUAGUGACAUGGAAGGUAGUCAAAUAUCAUUGCCUCGAAGCUAUACUCUACCCCGUGAGUUUAAAUAUCAUCAUCCAAAUAACACUGCCAGAGAACGUGAACGACGAGUAGGAAAUAACAAAAUUUCAGCUUCGCGUUUUUACUUACCUUCUACUAAUAGUUCAGAUGGAGAUGUAGAUAGUGCAGAUAAUGAAGAAGAGACAGAUUCUGAAAUACAUUAUCGUAUAAAAAACAAUCAUGGAUCUAAUAAUCAUGGUGAAACACAACAGCAGCAACGAUUUACUUUUGAAGAUAAUAAAAACGAAUUUUUAAAUUCAGAUUCUACAGCAGCUGUUAUCAUAUCUGGAAAUUCUUAUUUAAAUAAUUCUCAAUUACUUCGACCAAGUCAAUUGUUUAGAAACAGGGUUAAACAUGAAACAAAGCUUUAAAGCUUGUUUUUAUUGAUAUAAUACUUUAAGAAUUGUAUAAUAGCCAAUCAAAAGUUUAAAGCAAGAAAAGACUGUGUAUAUGAUAUAUUUUUAUAAAAUUAUUUGUUAUAUACAUGCGUAUUUUUUAAUUUUCUUAUGUCAAUACUUCUAAAUUUAAAUAUUAACUAAAUAAUAUUUGUAUAUACAAUAGAGUUAAACAUAAAUCUUACUUAAUACUAUUAUAUUUGUUUCUUGUAAAUGAUGAUGGUAAUAUUAUGUACAAAUUCAAAACGCAAAUAAUCAUGUGUAUAAUAUAUAUAUUUGAUCUUAUUUUUAUCAAUAAAAUCAUGAAUGA